AUGAGUGAAGACUUAGGCUCUGACCUAACAAAUGUCUAUACUAUAGACAAAUCUAAAAUAAAAAAUCCUAUUAAAGAAGAAGUAUUAGAUUCAAAUAGUGAUUUAGAGGCUAAUAGUAUCAGUCUCUCGGAUGAUGAAAAUUUUAAAGCUUUUGAUGGUAAAACUGAAGGUACUAGAUUAAAGAGAGAUUUAAAAGCUAGACAUACUUCAAUGAUUGCUUUAGGUGGUAGUCUUGGUACAGGUCUUUUAAUCGGUACCGGUACAUCUUUAGGGACUGCAGGUCCAGUCUCAAUGCUAAUCUCAUAUUCAUUUGUUGGUAUAUUAGUUUUUUUCGUCAUGUCAUGUCUUGGUGAAAUGGCUUCUUAUAUUCCAUUGGAUGGUUUCACAAGUUAUGCAACUAGAUAUUGUGAUCCCGCCCUUGGUUUCGCUGUUGGUUAUUCAUAUUUAUUUAAAUACUUCAUUUUACCACCAAAUCAAUUGACUGCAGCAGCUUUAGUUAUGCAAUAUUGGGUCGAUAGAGACACAGUAAACCCUGGGGUAUGGAUUACUAUAUUAUUAAUUAUAAUCAUCAUCAUUAAUUCCUUUGGUGUUAAAUUCUUUGGUGAAUUCGAAUUCUGGUUAUCAAGUUUUAAAGUGCUUGUCAUGUUAGGUUUAAUCAUCUUAAUGUUUGUUAUCAUGUUAGGUGGAGGUCCAUCUCAUGAUAGAUUAGGGUUCCGUUAUUGGAAGAAUCCAGGUGCUUUCAAAGAAUACUCAGAUGCCAUCUCGGGUGACACUGGUAAAUUUGUUUCAUUUUCCGCAUGCUUCGUUUACGCUUUAUUCUGUUAUCUAGGUAUUGAAUUAACCGGUAUUGUUGCAGCAGAAGCUGAAAAUCCAAGAAAGAAUAUUCCAAAGGCCGUUAAGUUAACAAUGUGUCGUUUAAUUAUCUUCUACGUUAUUUCAAUUUUCUUACUUGGUAUGUGUGUUGCUUCGAAUGAUCCAAGGUUGGCUAGUGCCAAAAAUGCAAGUACCAGUGCUGCUGCUUCCCCAUUCGUUGUUGCUAUUAUAAACUCUGGUAUUAAUGUUUUACCACAUAUUUUCAACGCAUGUGUUUUAAUCUUUGUCUUCAGUGCUUGCAACUCUGAUUUAUACGUUGCUUCCAGGUCUCUUUACUCCUUGGCAAUUGAUAACAAAGCUCCUAAAUUCUUAGCAAUAACCAAUAGAUGGGGUAUUCCAUAUUACUCCUUAGGGGUCAGUGUUCUUUUCUGCCUACUUGCAUUUAUGAGUGUCUCUUCUGGGUCUGCUAAAGUCUUUAAUUAUUUCGUUAACGUUGUCUCUAUCUUUGGUGUUUUAAGUUGGAUCUGUAUUUUGAUCACUUACAUUUGCUUCGAUAGAGCCGUUAGAGCACAAGGCGUAGACAAAUCUACCUUUGCUUACGUUGCUCCAUUUCAACCAUAUGGUGCUUGGUUUGCUUUGUUCUUCUGUUGUCUAUUGGCUCUAAUCAAAAAUUUCACCGUUUUCUUAGGCCACGAAUUCGAUUAUAAAACUUUUAUUACCGGCUACAUUGGUUUGCCUGUUUUCUUCAUCAGUUUCUUCGGUUAUAAAUUUUAUUACAAGACAAAAUUUGUUAAACCGGAAGAAGCCGACUUGUAUACAUACAAGGCUGCGAUCGACCAAGAAGAAGAAGAUGGUAAGAUUCAAGAUGCAGAGAAAGCAGAAAGAAUUAAACAGAACGGUAAGAACUGGGAAUGGUUCUAUGACAAAUAUCUAGGGAAAGUGUUUUAA